AUGGAGAGCUCCCUGGAGCCGGCCAACAUGACCAGGGUCCAGCACUUCGUCCUACUGGGUCUGUCCACCAGGCUGAGCACCAGGGACGCCCUCUUUGCCAUCUUCCUGGCCCUCUACCUGCUCACCCUCCUGGAGAACACGCUCAUCAUCUACCUCAUCUGCAGCCACUCUGAGCUCCACAAGCCCAUGUACUUCUUUCUGGGCAACCUCAGCGGCCUGGAGAUGUGCUACGUGUCGGUGACCAUGCCCACGCUCCUCAUAGGGCUGUGGGCUGGGCACUGUCACGUUCCUUUUACAGCCUGCAUGACCCAGCUCUUCUUCUUCGUCUCUCUCAUCUGCACGGAGUGCACCCUCCUGGCCUCCAUGGCCUAUGACCGCUACGUGGCCAUCUGUCUCCCACUGCACUACCCACUGCUCAUGCGGCCCCAGGUCUGUCUGGGCCUGGCUGUGUCCUCCUGGCUGGGUGGGCUGGUGGUCUCAAUGAUCAAAACAGCGUGCAUUGCCAGCCUGUCCUACUGCGGCCCCAAUGUCCUCAACCACUUCUUCUGCGACGUCUCCCCACUGCUCAACCUGUCCUGCACCCAUGUGGCCCUCACAGAGCUGGUGGACUUCAUCUCCGCCAUCGUCAUCUUCUGUGGCAAUGAGAGCCAGUGA